AUGGAUUCAUCGAAGAAGGUUUUCUACGAUUUGGACAACCUGGAGCAGGUCCUGGGCGAGGAUGACGACUUCUUUCGAGAUUUAGGCGAUGACACACAGAUGGCUCCUUCCCCGAGGGAGGUUGAGUUGCAUGAGUCUCCCAUCGCGCCAUUGAAGGAUCUUUUCAACGAAGGCUCAUAUAUUUUUGAACAGGCACCCCCAGCUCAAGAUCGAGACUGCGGCUCGAACCUGCAAACUCAAGGCCGUGAGAAUCAUCUGGCCGCUCCAUUUGCUUCUUGGGCUCCUGCUGACGCGGGUUCAUACCCGCAUAACGGCCAAGCUCCUCAAUACUCGGCCCCAAAGAUCGAUUCAGAGUACUUCGAUGACGCUUUCUCAAGUUUCUGCAUGGAAUUUAACCCGUCAAUGCAGGCUAACGAGGGCUCAUCGAGGUCUCAAUACGCUCCGUGGCACGGUGUCAACGCUGCUACGACCGAUUCUUGGAGUGAUGGCUCCUCGGAUGCCUUUGGGAAUCGCAGUUUGGACUAUUCCGAAAAUUUUGUCGCCGCGACUCCAACUGCUUCUUGGGUGGAUUUCUCGGGUCAAGCACUCCCGCCGACGAGUGGUGCUCGCGAUUUCCAAGAUCUGACAUCGAGCUCGGUUUCCAUGUCAGGGGCUCAAACCUCGACCGACGUCCUGAACUCUAUGGCACCGAUGUCCGGUAGUGUCCUCAGGACGAAUCAGGUUGCGCAGCAGAGUACCGGUUCCACCGAUCAGGCUCUCCCGUGCAAGAGGUGCCCGAUUUGCGAUGAUCCGGCGAAGAAAAAGCACUACGGCGUCGUGUGCUGCGAUGGGUGCAAAGGUUUCUUCAGAAGAUCCAUCCGUUAUCAACGCGACUUCAAGUGCCCGCUCAGCAAGAACUGCAACCUGAAGAAGUCUGAAGCGGGGGGCAAAUCUCUAUGCCGCCACUGCCGUUUACGGAGGUGUCUGGAGGUGGGAAUGAAUCCAGGAGCUGUUCAACCAGAGAGAGACCCUAUCGGUCCGCGCAAGAAUAAGGAGAACCAACCGGCGAACGGUCGAGCGCCUCUGGGUCACAACGCAAUCACCAGCUCCAGCAUUCUGCCAAAGAGCGCGAUCGAUGCUUCGGGCAGGACGGCCGCAACACUCGUCGAUCUCUACUUGAGCGUGGAUCAGUCGACCGAGCGGAUCUCUGAUUGGGCUAGAAACCUGCCCAAUUUCCCAGCUCUCCGCGACGAGGACCGAAAGAAGCUGGCCGAGGAUCAUCGGGUCACGCAUCUCCUGUUCGAGAUCAUUGCAAGGAGUCUUCCGCAAUCUUCCGAGCCCCGCUUGCUCAUGGGAGAGAGACUCUUCAUAAGCGAAGAUCAAGCGAGUCCCACGAUGCAGUUGGGGCAGAAGAUACACAAGGAUCUCCUAGAGCCCAUGAGGAAACUCCAGCUCGACGAGAUGGAAUUUGUUUUGCUCAAGAGCAUUCUCUUCUGGGAUACUUCCUCGCUACAUAUCUUCGAUAUGGGAAGAGUUUCGGCAGCUCAAACGGACCUUUAUAUCGCCCUGGGAGAGCAUGUCCGCGGCAAGGGUUUUCCGAAUGGAGACCGCUUGCGGCAGAUUUCCCAGAUGGUGGUAGCUUUCUCCUCAAUGGCGUACGAAGUUUCGGAACUGCUCCUCCGUUCACCGACGAUUCAGAUUGCUCCCCUUCCCAUCCGAUGA